AUGGCUGCGUUGACGGAAAGUUUGGCACACAUUGUCACGAAAAUUGUGGAUCAGGAUGUCUUUCCAAGAGAUCUAAAGAGCAGUGGCGCAUUGGAUCCUACUUCAGUCGGUCUUGGAGCAGGUGUUGGAUCUUCUGUUGUUAUUCUUGUUUUUGAUAAUUUAAGCAGAAGAAAUACAACAAAAGUUUCGUUAAGCUCAGUAUAUGAGUCAUGGAAUGCAGCGCUCGCGAAUGAUGGUAUAAGAACUCAUACAGACUAUAAGCUGUGUUCACACACUGCCUAUGAAUUCCAGGAAGCUUGGCUUCAAGUGGAUCUUAAAGAUUACUUCAGCUUGAAGUCUGUCAAAAUAUACUACAGAGACGAAAGCUGGCCUCCUCGCCGGUUUCGUCAAUUCUACCUAGAUGUAUCAAACUCGUCAGUAAAUGUAACUUCAACAUCACAAAGAGUACGCUGUUACAAGGACGAAACUGAAGAACCGGAUGUACCUCAGUCUGUGAUUGAUAUUCCUUGUAGACACGCAGCGAGAUACAUCAUUGUGGGAACCUCUUAUGACGCUCCAGAAGAUAAUCCAAUAGAAGGGGCUAUAUUAGAAAUAUGUGAAAUAGAAGUUUAUGGUUGCGGCAUAGGCAAAUUUGGAGAGCUUUGCAAAAAUUGUCAGUGUUCUACUUGCAGUAUCAUUAAUGGUUCAUGUCCUGUUUCAUGUAGUGAUAAUUGUCGAAAUACAACAUGUACUUCGUUCUCUGGAUAUUGCACAAAUGGAUGCAAAGAACGUUAUUAUGGACCGAAAUGUGAGCAUCUGUGUAGUUCGCAAUGCAAUUCCCAGAGUUGUGAUCAAGUUUCUGGUGAGUGUACUGCAUGCAACAAUGGCUAUUAUGGUCCAUAUUGUAAUCAGACCUGCAGUCCAUUUUGUGAAUAUAACAUUUGUGAUUUCCUUACUGGAGAAUGUCAACAUGGAUGUAAAUCGAACUGGACAGGAGACUUUUGUAACAAAUGUAAUGGUUCACACUUUGGGCAGAAUUGUUCUGAGAAGUGCAACAUCAACUGCAAAGGACAGAUGUGCAAUAAUAUUACAGGAGCUUGUACUAAUGGAUGUGAAAUGGGAUACUUCAAGGAGACUUGCAAUAAAAGUUGUAGCCCUUAUUGUUUAAACGGCUGUGACAGUGUUUCAGGCUAUUGUGAUGAUGGUUGUGUCGAAGGAAAGUUUGGCACGGAGUGUAACAAAAAUUGUGGAAUUGGUUGCCUUUCGAAGAGCUGUGCACGUAUAAAUGGGAACUGCACUUGCGCAGAUGGAUGGAAAGGGGAUAAAUGUACAGAAUUGCAGACUUCAGAAAUUUAUGAAAGAACAGAAACAAAUGAGGUCCCCCCGAUAUAUUUUCUUGGUGCUGGAGGUGGUGGCGCUUUUCUCCUUUUCAUAGUUGUGAUAAUCGUCAUUAUUGUGUGCAAAUCAAGAAGACACACAAAUAGUGACGAUCCAUCCACCUUUGAAAUCCAUAUGCCCUCCGAUAGAAACACAGCGGGAUACACCAACAGGGCUUUUUUAUCUGUCCCUAUUGAGGAUCCCGAAGAGGAACCCUAUGAAGAGAAACCGGAAGAAGCCGUUUACUAUAAUAACCUGUCAAUGGCUAAGGAUAUUAGUGUUAAGGAUCUCGCCAAUAUCAUUAAACAAAAAGAAGAAAACGAGGGGUUUAUUAAAGAAUUCAAG